CGACUCACUGCGGCACGUCAUGGUGACCAACGCUGUGAUGGACGCUCGCAGGAGGAACCACUCUGGCUCCUUCAGCUCCAACGAGUACGAUGACGAGCUCCUGUCGCCGUCUUCCUCUGAAGCUGAGGCCAACUUUGUUUAUCGAGCUGAAACCAACAAUUUGAGAUCAAAUCAAAGUGACAACGGCGGCGGUGGCGUCACAGCUCCGCAGAAGGAGAGGGUGAAGGGCAAAGAUGAGACACACUGGAAGGAGAUGAACGCCGCCAUGGCCUUGACCAACAUGGCGCAGGGGAAGGACGGCGCCUCGGGGACGACCAGCUGCAUCAUUCAGAAGUCCUCUCAUAUAGCUGAGGUCAAGACGGUUAAAGUGCAGCUGCUGCAGAAAUAUUAAAGAGUCACUUUCCUCUGGACUCAAUGCAAACAUUCCUCUUAAGAAA